AUGGAAAUUCGUAAAUUUCAAAAAAACGGUAGUGUUAGCGUUGUUACAUCCAAUAAAAUGCCAAAAAAGCAUUCAUUAUUGUGUCUUCCGUCAAGGCGACGUUACUUACCUGUUUUUGGUUCGCUUACAUCAGUUGCACGUAGUUAUGAGGGUCAGGAACGUUGCAGUAUCUGUUUAGAGGAGUAUAAAGAAGGGCAAGAAUUACGAGUGCUCUUUUGUGGUCAUGAAUUCCAUCCAAAAUGUGUCGAUCCAUGGUUACUUAGCAAUAGGCGUUGUCCACUGUGCCAAUAUGACGUGGUAUAUAAGGAAUAUCCUAGAACUGAACAUAGAACGAAAGCAUAUCAAACAAAUAAUUCGACGAUACGAAAUUCUUCGAAUCGUUUCGAUGUGCCACUUUUACCGCAAGUAACAGUGUCAGAAUGUCAUGAAAAUAAUAUAAGCACAACUAUUUGUGCUACUAGCACUGCUGCUACUGUAAUGCCAACUUCUAAUAUUAAUAUUACUGCUUCUACUGCUGCUUCUACUAGUACUACUACUACUACUACUAUUGCAACUAGUGCUAGUGGUAAUACUACUACUUCUGCUCCUGCUGCUACUGCUAGUACUUCUACUUUCUUUACAACACCUUCACGUCAUACUGCUAUAUAUAAUACUUACAACCAAAUUCAGCCUGAAAUACAAUGUUUUAUUCGAGUAAGCAGUAAAUACAUUAAUGGCGUUGAACCAAGGAAGAAGCAUCUUCAUCGAGUGAAAAAGAAGGAAGAAAUAUAUACUCAUCAUAAUUGGCUUGAAGCACAUCGACCAUCAAUUACUUUGCAUCAGCAUAAUAUCAUGCGCGAUUGCAGACGAAAACAUAGCAACCGAAAUGUAGUAAAUCCAAGGUUAUGCAGACGAAAUCUACAAAACAGAUCUCGACUUGUCAAUUCACAUCAACAAAGGCAACUUCAGAAGUCACUUAGGCCUAUAUUUCCUAUUGCUUUGGCGCCAGAUAUUUCUGAUGCUAAAAGCCAUAGAGAUUUGCAACAGCACUCGCGUGAAAGUUUUGAGAAUAUUUCAGGUUAUUCAUCAGAUAUCUCAUCAUUCCCUGAAUAUAUUGAACCCAGUCCGUCUCCCUCAGCAUCACCUUCCCUAACACUGCGAUUUCCUUAUAUCGAAAGAGGAAUAUGUGCACAAUCUUCAGAAUCUAAUUUCCGUCAACCACAAUUAAUUCACUCAAGGAAGGCAUUUCUCUCAGUAGAACCUAUAUCUAAAUCCCAGAAGAUCUCAUGUGAAAAACAUCGAAUUUUGUGA